GUCGUGCUGUGACGUCAUCGGCCCCAUCAUCUCCGUGUCGAUUCACUUGUUCAGUUCUGAUCCACCGGAGGAGGAGGAGGGAUAGCGCGUGCUGGCAGCUACCGUCUAAUACGCUCAUUAAAGAUUGUUCUUACAACAGGGUGAACCUUCUCCCGCACCAUGUCCCAGGACAAGAGUGGAUACCCUGGUAUGGCUGAGACCAACCCACUUCAUAACAAUGUCUAUGGACCACCUCAGCCAGCUUUUGGUAUGCCCCCACCUAACUACAGCCAGGCUCCAGGUUAUCCACCAGCAGCUGGCUACGGACAGCCAGGCUUCACCCAGGCAGGCCCAGGUUUUGUCCCUGGUCCUUACCCCCAGAUGCCUUAUCCUCAGAUGCCCUACCCACAGGGACCCUACCCUCAAGGGCCUUAUCAGGAAGGACACACACAGCCAGGCUUUCCUGGAGACCCCUCUGGACCUGCUGGCAGCCCUGGCUAUCAUGGCGAUGGGCCUCCAUCUUACUAUGACAAUGAGGAGUUCACCAACUCAGGCUUUGAAGAUAAGAAUAUCCGACAAGCCUUCAUAAGAAAAGUCUUCAUGGUUCUCACGGUGCAGCUGCUGGUCACCUUUUCUUUCGUUGCUGUCUUCACCUUUGUCGAUGAUGCCAAGACCUUUGUGCGACACAACCCGUGGACAUACUAUGUGUCCUACGCAGUCUUCUUUGUGUCAUUAAUCGUCCUCAGUUGCUGUGGAGACUUCCGUCGCAAGCACCCCUGGAACUUGGUCGCACUGUCCAUCCUGACCCUGAGCCUCUCCUACAUGGUGGGUAUGAUCGCCAGCUUCUACGACACAGAGACUGUCAUCAUGGCUGUGGGCAUCACUGCAGUAGUGUGCUUCACUGUGGUCCUGUUUUCACUACAGAGCAAGUAUGACUUCACUUCCUGCCGGGGUGUGCUGUUCGUGUGCCUGAUUGUGCUGUUGCUCUUCUCCUUCCUUUGCAUCUUCAUUCGCCACAGGAUUCUGCACAUCGUCUAUGCCUCACUGGGGGCUCUGCUCUUCACCUGCUUUUUGGCUGUUGACACUCAGCUUCUCCUUGGCAACAAGAAGCUGGCCCUGAGUCCAGAGGAGUACAUCUUUGCUGCCCUCAACCUCUACACUGACAUCAUCAACAUCUUCCUCUACAUCCUUGCUAUUGUAGGACGCUCCCGUGAAUAGCGCAGCACCUUUAAAUUCAUCUGUGUAGAGUCCCGUUAUUGUGAAUUGUUACUAACAUGCCCUUUUAUCGCUGACUCUUUUAUUUUCCUCAUUCACAUUGGCCUUUUUUCAAAGACAUGUUGAGCCUGUGGAGGAGAUGCAGCUAAGAAAAACACUAUUUAUCAAGUUCAAGUCAUGGCAUUAAUGACAGAAUGCAAUGAUCUGUCUUUUCUGCAGGUGUGACCACUCUGCUUGAUCCAACUAUCCUCUAACUCUUACUAACACAGAUGAUGUCUCCAUUAGUCCCGCCCCCCAUCACUCAGUUUGGCAUGGCACAUAUGGUAUAAUACAUUAUUGUACAUUAAUUAUCCUGUGAGUGCUUGGUAUUCGGCGUGGCUGCAGAAAUUAAACAGGAAAAGAGCAGGGAAAGCAUCCAUAGCUCUUAAUACUGAUGCAAAACAGUCCUGUCUGGAGAAUGGAAAUGACAUGGUAGAAAUACCUCCUCCUUCAAUGUGUCUGUUUUCCCAAACGUAUCUCUCCUUUUUGACCCUUCUGGUGUAAAGUAACUGCAUGACAACAAUGGAACCACAACGUGAGGAAUAUCUCUAGCUUGCGUGUCAUGAUUGUAAAUAGUUAGUGUAAUAGUUUGUGUGAUGCCACACUGUGCUGCUUUUUUGGGAAACAUGCUCUGAUAUUCUGAACCAUGCUGAUCCAGUAGAAUAACUCAACAAUUUCUUGAAACAGCAUAAGAAUGAUCUUCAACGUAUAUGACAGAUGUGAACAUAAAUUAACACUCUAAGAUUAAAUAUUCUUAGUAACUAUCUUUCCAAAUAUGAAAUUUUUGAGUUCUAAAAGCUAAGGUGUCCCCUUAACCUCUUUUGUUUUUUUGUGUGUGUUUGAAAACGCUUCACACCAAUUUAUCUUGUCUGGUUCGUGUAAAGAGACAUUUCAGUGUUUUGUUUUUUUUUUCCUUUCAAAUAAUGUGAAGAAUUUGAAGUAACUGAGGAAUGUCUAAGUGAUUCAGAACCUCUGAAUUGUAAAACUGCUAAUAUGAAGUAGACUGACAAACUUAAUGAAGUGGUACUUUCUCUUUUUCUUUUUUUUGGCAUAAUACAACUGUCAGCAUUUGGGAAGUUGCAUUACCGCCUCCCUCAGGAUUUAAUCAUACACUACCCUGAGCUUUCUGUGCUGCUCUUAUGGCUGUGUUCUCGUUGCACUCCCGAUUACCUCACUCCCUUGAGGAACUGAUGAAGGAAUGAUACCUUAUAUUUAUUUUGACAUAGAUGGCAGGGAUGCUUUGAAGUUGCUAUAUAAGCUAAUGUCAAGGAAAAUAGAAACUGCUGAAACUUACAGACUUUUCCUUAAGUUUGUUGUGAAACAUGCUGGUUGCAUGAUAUACAAAGCGUAAAAGGAAAAAAGGACUCUAUAUGCACUGACAGCCAAACUGACAAACCGAUUAAAUUAUAUAGUUAAUAAAUGUAUAAUUCUGUCAUUUGUUUUGAUUUUCCACCUCUUGCAUGAAUCGUUCCUCCUUUGGCAUGUGCUAAUGAUGCACUUUGCACAGGUGUUCCAGACACUGUCGUUUGACUUUUUUUUUUAACUCUUGUGUUCUAACGUAUGUGGAUGUGUAUAUAAAAACUCCUUAGUGAUUUGAUGUGUAUAGAUGACGUACAUUUGGGCGUUGUAGGACUGUUUGCAUUGUAUAUUUGCAUUAAAUCAAAAGUGGAACCUUAUUCCUCUGCACAGCUGCUUUUCAUUAAAACUGAUACAAUGUAAA